CUUUUUUUAUUCCUUCUCUAAAUAGGAUGAAAAAAGCCUGGACAUAAUCGGCCAAUAUAAACCAGAAAUAUUCUGUUAAAAAUAAAUAUAAUAUAAAAUAUUCAUGUUAAUCAUGUUUAUAAAGUCAACCAAUACCACAUGUAUCUUUUCUAUUUAAAAUGAAAAGGAACAAAAGUAAUAUGGAAUGAUCAAAUACAGAACAAUCAAUAAUCUAUAUGAAGAAAGAACAAAUUAAACUAAAGCAAUUUUGAACAUCCCAUCACUAGAAAAAAAAUUAUAAAAAAAUAAAGAAAAACAAGUAUCUCACACAUCACUCUACAAUUAAGGAUUAAAAUAGCAUCGUUAUACAAACAUAUUACAUAUAUAUUAUUUUAUAAAACAAAUACAAAAUAUUAAAUUUAAGAAUAUUUAAUAUAAGUUUCAGUUAAAGUUUAUUGUGUUUCGUUUGUUUGUGUUAAAUCAAGAAGAAGGAAACAUUUUUUGUUUUGAAUAUUUUAAGAAUCUCAAUUAAUUAUUACUGCAUAUUGUUUAAUAAUUGAUUUUAUCAUUGAAUACGUUUCUUUUGCGUUUGAGUCGUUGCUAAAAUCCAUACAUCAUCCUUCACUAUCUUCGUCAUAACUUUUGUUGUAAUUCCACAUUUUUUUGGAUUUAUUUUUCUCUAAAGGAGUCAGAUGGCCCAUGUGGUUGGCGUUCCCAAACGAGAUCCUUGCCGAAAAUGUCAAUUACCAGUUUUUUUGGCUGAGCGAUUGAUGGUAGGCAAAAAGGUCUAUCAUCGUACAUGUUUAAAAUGUGCUCGCUGUGGUUAUCAAUUGACACCCGGUAGUUUUUAUGAAACUGAAAUAGAUGAACAGUACUGCUGCGAAACAUGCCCUGAUGAAGAAGUAUCACAAACUGAUAUUGAAAAACAACCUGUAUGCAGUGAAGUAACUGCAGUAGAUAGCUCGGAUGUCGAAUUAAGAAAUAAAGCUGAAAACGAGCAAACUGUUUCACCUUUUUCAGUAAAAUCUGUACGCAGUUCCAUAAAAGACCGAUUGGCAUUCUUUGAAAAUCAAAGAGCCGAAGACGAAUCAGACACUAAACUUUUGCAAAAAAGUUUAAGUGACGAAGAAAAAUCAAAAAGUUUACAACGAAUAGAAGGUACUUCGGAAAAUUGUGUGGCGACUUAUAAACCUAAUGUUGCCUUUUCAACAUUUCUUAAUAAUACUGGUGCCGAUACAGAAGAUCUUAGCGAAACGUCUUCGUAUAUUGAUAAUUCCAAAAUGGAAACCUCUGAUUCAGAGGACGAUACAGAUGAUUUAACAAAUGUCUCUCUACCACCAGAACUUCCUAAAAGUUUGCCACCAUUAGAGGAAUUCAACAUUGUAAAAAAAACUGAAGAAAAUAAACGUUUUUCAGUUUCUGCACAAUUGGUAUUGGGAUCGCCACCAACCGCAAAUGGAUCAACUUUAGAAAAUGCUGACGAACAACAAAACACUGUAACAGAAAAUGUUAAGGAAAAUCAAACAGCCGAAUUACAAAUUAAUCUUUCAUCUAGCAUAAGAAUUGAUAAGACCAAUAACAACAAUAUAAUUGAGGAAGAAAUGGUUCAAUCACAUCCAAACAAACUAGAUAAUAAUUUAGAAUAUAGUGAAAAUAAUGAUAAUGAUUGUACUACCAAAGACAAAUCUGCAGAUGAGUUUACAGUGGAGGAAAUAAUAGCCGAAGAUAAAAGUGAGAAAAAGGACACAGAUAUUGAUUUAGUGCUGCAACCACUUGAAGUUAAAACUAUGAAAAAUUAUGCCACAAUUGAAGAGAGUGUCGUUGAAUUACGCACAAAAUCCGAAGAGGAACAUCCAGACAUUUCUCUUCAAAAAGUAGACACUGAAACAACCGAGAGGCUUAGUGUGGUACGCGCUCGCCUGCAACAAUUUGAAGUAACUACAAAUAAUGAGAAGGAACUAAUAAUUCCUUUCCAAUCACAAGACAAUUUAGUUGAUAACGAAACUAUAUCUACUAAAGAAGAUAAUGUGCCCCUUAAUAUCGAAUUGAAUGAAGACACCAAAAAUAGUGAAAUUAAGAAUAUUCAAAUGGAAACGGAAAGAACAAAUCUUAAAACAACUUUAAUUAAUAACAAAGUGCCUUUAACAGUGGAAACAAAAGACAAUGAAAUGAUAGAAAAUAAUUUAGCCGAUAAAGAAAAACAGUUAGAAGAAAAUAACUCUAAGGAUAAUGAAACAAAUCAGACAACGCCAGUAGAUUCUGGUAAAAGGACUAUAGAAGAAUAUCCAGAUGAUUUAAAUCCAUUUAAAUCUGAUGAUGAACAUGAAAUAUUUCUAAAUGAUAAUAAAGAAAACGUCGAACUAAGAACAUCUGCAAAAACCCCGAAAAACGAUAAUUUGAAUCCUUUUGAUUCAUCAGACGAUGAAGUAGAACUGGAAAAAAUUCAAAAUUCAAAAACAUCAGCCAAUUUAACGCCCAAAAUACCUCCACCUAGGCCACCACCACCACGCAUAUCUAAAAAUCCUUUCGGUAGCGAUGAUGAAGAGGAUAUCAUAACUCAAAAUUUCAACCGACGUUCCAGUCUGACAGGAUCACUAAGUAGAAAGACACCAAUUCCAACUCCACGUUCAAAUAUGUAAGUAAUAUUUCGAUUU